CUCACCUACUUGGAUUCUUACUCAGUUGGACAGUCGACCGGGAAGGACGAGGAACAUCCUCUGGAGUUACUCUGCCUCUCACUGCAUUUGUUGACGUUCCGGAACAAUACACCGACCAAAAAAAUGCAUCAGAGGGUCGUCAUCGUCUUCGUAGGUAUCGUCCUACCGAUGGUGUCUUCCUUCAUCACUUUAUACCUUUGUAUCAAUGGGAAACACCGCCCUUGAGGUGGACGAGACAGGAGCCCUUCUGAUCAUACUUGCUCUCAUCAAGCUGAUGUUGAUCAGUACCCAAGGAGUCUUUCCCAUCGACAUGAACACCUUCUUCAAAGACCUCUGGAGCAGGCAGAAGAGGGAGCUGGAACCACACCCGAAUGCCAUCGCUUUGUACGACAAUAAAACGUUAUACCAGCAUCCUGAGGUGGAGCUGAUGCCUUGUACGAGGCGCUUCCUUUGCGAGAUGGAGAACGCAGCCAAAACCAGCGACAAGUACCUGCCCAGAGGACCAGACGUCUCCUACGAUACCAACCCAGAUGAAGAAGUAGCUCCCGAGGAGGUGGAUCCCUUGAGUGAGAUGCACAUUGAAGCCGUCAGGGCCUUGUUUAGAGAAGAUGACUCACCGGGUGACCUUUCGCCGAGAUGUCAAAAAGCGCUGUCGAUCGUCGAUGGCCUGACGGGUCCAGUCUGUGAGAAGGCCUACAGACUCUGCCCAGGAAGGUACACUUCAUCGUUGGUAUACAGGACCAUUUUCGACGAAAUGAAUCUCGUGGUACACGACUCCGACUGAGAAAGAAAACUACUCACGAGGCCGAAAGUGGACACAGUACAACUUACGGCACAGUACUACCCAUCGUGCUUAACAGUGACCAAAGCAUACAGCUGUUAUAAAAUAUUAUCAGUAACCAAACAAAACGUUAGCUUCGAUCUGACACAGGACGAUUUAAAACUUUUUUUUUUCUUUUAUCUAUCGGGAAAUUGAAGAGGCUGACCAAAAUGAUCGCGAUUUCUUCAAUGAUUUAGAUUCCUAAAAUACAAAAGAACAAUAUCAGUCAAAACGCAAGUACUUGGAAACAUCACAGACUAAUCAUCCGUAGAUGACUUCCAGACGCCUAUGUAUAUUUCCACGCACGUGAGUCACCGGCAUAGCUAUCUAUCUAUGUAUUGCCAUCACUAUGCAUGGAGAACAGCAUGUUCGGAGAAAGAUAAUGAGGUUACAGACAGCAUUAACACUCCAGACACGCAGGACACUGACGCGACACAUCCACCGCUGAGCAUCAUACCAGAUUUUGUAUCAUUAGUUUCGCCUUCCAGACGAUGAGCAUAAACCUUGGGAAAUCAGACACCUACUCGGACGAAUUUAAGCAUACAGAACAACGUACAUGGUAGUUCCAUGUAUCUGCAUACAUGUAUUUUCAAUAUCAUUGGUGCAUAUUCCCCUCGAUGUCUACCGAUUCUGAAUAUUAAUCUAAAUAACAAUAAUAGCAGCAUGUUAGAAUUCUCAGUCGUAUCAUAGGUCUAAUAACGACAAAGUAAUCACGAUAAAAUUAGGAUGCCACAAAAACCGUUUCAGAUUCAUUUCCUCUUAGAUUUUGACGUCUUUUUCGAUUCGGUUUCAAUUUCACGUUCUAGAUGGGCAAGUCUGACAAAGCCCACGACUAUUUUUAUUUUAAUGUCAGUCCAUUCAUUCAAACUUCUAUCGCUGUACCACCGACGUGUAUUUCAUGCCUGGUUGGACCUACAUCUAUAUAUCAAGAGCUUAGAGAAAACUGAAUAUAGUUACGACUGAAGUGGUGCAGUUGUUAUUAAUUUAAACACCUUGUCCUUCACGUUCCAAAACGCACAAGUCAAUAUACACGAAUAUGUGGAAUAAACAAAACAAGGUGUAACACUCACCAUCCAGGAUGGUCGACACAUUUCGGAUACUGCGUUGCGCUGAUCUGUAAUAACAAUAUUAAUAACAAUAUCAAGCGAAAAGCAAUCAAACAGUAACAAGCAAAAGUACAGUCUGGCAGAAUACAUGAAUUCACUUUUAAAAAUCAAAUCAGAUUACAACAUGAUUAAUAUACUAUGGAAGUGCCGCUGUACUAUUUAGCUGUCGUUUGGCCCACACAAUAAAUAUCAACUAAUUGCUUUGGAUAUUAAUUAAUUUCGUUCACAGUCCAAUAAACGCUUUAUUGUAGGGCACAAUUUUGAAACUGGAAUCAACUGGCUAUGAAUUCUCAUAGAUUAUCUGUCCCCUUUUUCUUUAUUAUGGGAUAACUUAAAAAAAAUAUACGUAAGUUGGUCACUGUCAUUAAUUCGACUUUUAACAUCGAUCUUUUAUAUAGAGCACACACA